AUGGCCCUGCAGUGUGGGGCGUCCGCAUCCACCGCUGCGGCUGCAGCGUUGUCGGCGACGUCUCCAAGCGGACAGGCAAAUUGGCAGAGGUUGUAUACCGUCCCCCAUUCAUCCUCCUCCUCCUCCUCCUCCUUGUCCUCCACCCUUUCCUCCUCAUCCUCCUCCGGGCCCUGCGGCUUCCUUGGUCUCCCGAUUUUUAUCCCCAGACGCGCUCUCACCGCCCCGCGAUGCUCGCCCGCGUCCGGGGGUACCCGCGCAGUUACCCGGAGCGAGUUGGCCAAAGAGGGGGGCGAAGUAAAUGGCCGCAGCGAAAAGGCAGUGAAAGGAAAGACGAAGAGGAAGCAGAGCCAGAAGAAGCAGCAGGCGACGGCCGCGGCGAACGAUAGGAAGGAAGACAGAGAGGAAACCGACCAGAGCACGCAGCCGUCGGAGCAGGAGCAGCAGGAGCAGCAGGAGCAGCAGCAACAGGUGGCCGUAGCCGCCGUCUCCCCCGUGGUGUCGAUCACUCUAGACGACGUGAAUCCAGUGGGUCUAGGCCGGAAGUCUCGGCAGAUGUUCGAUGAGGUAUGGCGCAAGUUCUCUGGGCUGGGCCAGCUCUCGCGGACCUCCACCGCCGUAGCAGAUGACAGCCUCCUCGACCCCGCACUCAUCCGGGGACCCAUGUGCGAGUUCACCAUCCCCGAGGCCCAGGACACCACUGUGCUCGUCGUCGGGGCUACCAGCAGGAUCGGGCGAAUCGUGGUGCGGAAGCUGAUGCUCCGGGGUUACAAGGUCAAGGUCAGUGGCGACAAAGGCCCCAUUCUUUCUCUGGCUGCAAUAUUUUUCUCCUCUGACAUUGACCCCAACAUCACUCGUAUCCCCCUCAUCUAGUGCGUUAUCUACCCCCGAGCUUCGUCCAGCGAGACCAAUUGGUGGUCGCUGGACUGGAGUGCUCUUCUUUGUCCGCCGCCCAUUUUCUUAUGCACAGUUCGAUUCAAUUAACCACUUCGAGAGUAAUUGGUUCAGGCAUUGGUGAGAAAAGACGGUCCGGAAGUGACAGAAAUGCUUCCGAGAUCGGUGAUGACGGUGGUCGGUGACGUUGGUGACCCUUUGACACUUAAAGCCGCCAUUGAAGGCUGCAACAAAGUCAUAUAUUGUGCCACAGCACGCUCAGCCAUUACCGGGGAUCUCAACCGGGUUGAUUACCAAGGAGUGUGCAAUGUUACCAAGGCAUUCCAGGUUCGACCAACCUUUCCCUUCUCUUCACCAGGGUGUAUUGCGCGGAAAGCGGCCCCACACCCCAUCAGCUGAUUUUUGUUUCUCAGAUGGGAAAAGAUUUGCUUAAAAUUUCCAGGACUAUUACAAUGAACUAGCUCAGCUGCGAGCCGGUAGAAGUAGUAAAAGCAAGCUCUUGCUUGCAAAAUUCAAGUCCGCAGAGUCACUGGAUGGGUGGACAGUAAGGCAGGGAACUUACUUCGAAGAUGUUAUUGCCUCAAAGUAUGAUGGAGGAAUGGACGCCAAAUUUGAGUUUACAGAGAAUGGAGAUGCUAUCUUCUCAGGUAUACCUCUAUAUCUUGGAUUCUUUGACCAGUAGAAUGAAGGCAACAUAAACAAGUGUCAUAGUUUCUUCCAGUUGGUGGAAGACUUUUGUAGGUCUCGCCAACGAAAUGCGGCUUACAAAACCUUAUCUUGACUGAGUUCAACCAUUCGAAUUACAGAAAUAAAUAAAAAAAUAAAUGUAUCUGACAAAAAAAUUUAAAAGAAAAAUACCACUCUGAAUUCCAUGCUUUCAAUCCUUCCAUCUGGUUUCUGUCUUUGCGAUUCGUCUUUUACUUACCUUGUUUUCCAUUCCUGUCCAACUGUCCCAGGGUAUGUUUUCACUAGAGGGGGAUAUGUUGAACUGUCAAAGAGACUCUCUCUUCCACUCGGUUCUACCCUUGACAGGUAAAUGACGUUACCUAGAGAUUCAUUCAGAGACUUUCCCCAUAAAAAAUUGUUCUUGUGAUGAUAAUGGAUUUACAUGAUGACCUAAUUGUUGAAAUUUUAUGGCUCUCAGAUAUGAUGGACUAGUUUUCUCGGUUGGCGGAAAUGGGAGAUCUUUUAUUAUAGUUCUUGAGACAGGCCCAUUAGCUGAUACGUCUCAAAGCAAACUAUACUUUGCUAGAAUGAGCACAAAAAUUGGCUUCUGUAGGGUGAGAGAUCAUUUCUAAAAGAAAGUUCUGCGUAUUUAGAUGACAUGGUUAAUGACGAUUGUAAUCAAUGCAACCGCUGAUUCAUUGUAAUUACAUAUGCAGGUAAGAGUACCGUUUUCAGCCUUCCGUCCUGUGAAACCUGAUGAUCCUCCCCUUGACCCCUUCCUUGUUCAUACUUUGACUAUUCGUUUUGAGCCGAGGAGACAGGUUUUUUCUUAGCCUUGGCCAAAAAUUUACUUGCAUAUAUGAGUAAUGUGGUAAAUCUAUGGAGGUUUAAAUAUGUGCAUCUUCAUCCUCAGAGACCCGUUGAUAAUGGAGGACCCAAGGAAGACCUCAGAAGCUUCAAAUUGAUAAUGGAGUACAUAAAGGCCUUACCUGUAAGUUAUUUGGUUUUAUUUUCUAGAGGCGGCUCAUUGCUUUGAUUGACUGAAAUAAUUUUUAUUUUAUUUUAUUUUAUUUACGAAUUAGACUAAGAAUAAAACUGCAGUCUAUAUUGGACAGAAUAUAUUUGAAUCUUUUUUUUUAAUUGUUCAAUUAUAUAUAUCCCCAUUGUUUCAAUUACUUGUAAUUGCUCUCAAAAGAGGGGUGUUAAAAGGCAUUGUCAUUGCCCUGCUUUUGUCCGAGGUUAGAUGUGACAUGCUUGUAGGGAGUGGUUUUGUUGUCUGUGAUGUCACCACUCCUGUAUUUCCAUAAAUUGCCCAUCACUUUAGACGCUGAAGAUAGAACAAAGACUACACGUAAAUCCAACAAAAAUUUCUACAGAUGUGGUGCGCUAUGUCACAAAGGAUAUCAGAUGGCCAACAUAAGCUGUAGAGUUCGGCAUGAACAAAGUUGAUGGACAGCUGUGAGAGAGAGUGGCGUAUGUGAUGCACCUCGAUAACUAGGCUGUAUAAAAAGUUGAGAUUAUUGUCACAGCAAAUGGACCUGGGUAGUUGCAUUAUUUCUGGAUAAUGUUGGGGCUCUGUUGCAGCUGUUUUAAGGGUAUAAAUGUGAUAUCUAUACUCAUGAUCAGUCAGCUUACUCAGAAACAUAUUUCUGCGGAUGUAUCAAUUAGAUAAAUUCGUUAACAGUUCGUUGACAAGUUUUGAUACCGAUCGCUCAUUUCAAAUUGUUUUUAUUAUUAUUAUGAUUUCUUAAAAUGUUCUGUAAUGACAAGCCAAGAAACUAGUAGACGAAGUAGAACUCUACACUGUAGACCUUACUGGAUAUUCUCUCACAGAUAUUAGUGUAACUUCCGAUUGUAUUAUCGUACACAACAAGGCAGGUAGAUCUUCGAUCUCAUACUGUAUAAAUCUUUCGUGAAAUUGACUGUGGCCUUUCUCUUCUAAGCUUUUUGUUUUGUUGUUGAAGUCCAAGAACCCUUAUUCCCCAGUCAUUCUCAGAGUGAUGCUUUUUGCUGUCAGGCUGGCCAAGAAACGGACUUCGUAUUAGUUUCGUGCACAGGAUUGGGAAUUGAAUCAAACAGAAGGGAGCAAGUUCUUAAAGCAAAGAAGGUCUGUUAUUUAUCUGCGAUUGAACUGCCUGGAUACUCCUACAUGUUGCCUUCGAUCCGACUUCUCUUGAUUACCAAUUCUUUUCUAUUCUGCUUAAAUCUUUUAUUAGGCUGGAGAAGACUCGUUGAGAAGGUCAGGCCUUGGAUACACUAUAGUCCGUCCUGGUCCUUUGCAGGUACAGCUUUCCGACAACUUUUGGUCACUGAAAGUCUUUCGUAGGCUGUCUUAAAUUUGGUCGCAAAGGCUUGAAAACAAUCUCGAGGGGUUGCAGCUGCCUUGUUAUUUUUUUCCCAUUCUUUUUUUAGUUGGUCAAGAAGGAAAAAGAAGCACAGUUUGAAAAAGCAACGAAUUUUCCAUACCUUGCACGAGCUUCUAAAACUGAAACCAGAUAAUUUUUAAAAAUCCACAAAUAUUUCCGACAUUGUACAAGUUAUAAUCAAACAGAGCGUUGCUAUAUUUUAUUUUAUUUUUGUUCAUGUUGAUCCUUGGUCGGUUUGUCGUUCUCUGUUCUGCAUACAUCUUCUUCCUUGGAAACACUUUCAGCUAUUUUCUCGGUCAGGAUCGAAGAUAUGGGCCGUGAACAGGACAGGGCACACAAGUCUUGGAUAUCGCCGACGUGGAAUAUCAAUAAUAGCUAUUAAAAUACGAAUGUAAAUCUUGCUGUCUGACAUGAUGCGUUUUCAUUGGUCCCUCCCUCGCAGCGGAGAAAUACAAUGGCAUUCAGGGGAUGUUUUCUCAGCCUCAUUUUUAUCCUUAAGUAGGGGUCUUUGUGAGUCCUGCGUUGUCACCUGAUCUCAUUUCUCAGGCUCGGCGUCCUGACCAUAAAAGUUGAAAUUACAGGAGGAACCCGGCGGCCAGCGUGCACUGAUUUUCGAUCAAGGGAACAGGAUCUCCCAGGUACAACGGGGGGCAGUUUCUUGCUCUGAGGAUCUUAUCCCGCAUUUGCAGUUGCAAUCGAUAGAACGUUGUACUCAUUGUUCGCUCUACCGGCGCAGGGAAUCAGCUGUGCUGAUGUCGCCGACAUCUGCGUCAAGGCUCUUCACGACUCCACUGCUAGAAACAAGAGCUUCGACGUGAGCCCUCUCCCCCGAUAUCAUAUUUAAUCUGCCCCUGUCGCUCCUAAUUAAUUAGGGAUUCGACUGUUGUUGGAUGCGUUCAGGUCUGCUAUGAAUACGUCGCAGAGCAGGGCAAGGAACUCUACGAACUGGUAAUCGAAGUUAAAAGUGUUCUCUUCUUUCCACUCGCACUGCGAGUAUGGCCCGUUAUUUUGACUGGAAAUGCAUGCUCCUUCAGGUCGCCCAUUUACCGGACAAAGCGAACAAUUACCUCACUCCGGCCCUGUCCGUACUGGAGAGGAACACCUGA